AAAAUGCCUUUCCAGUACCCGCACGCAUACCGCGACGAGUCAGUAGUUGAUGACUACCAUGGUCAGAAGAUACCUGACCCCUAUAGCUGGCUGGAAGACCCUGACAGUGAAAAGACACAGGCUUUUGUGAAUGCCCAGAACCAGGUGACUGUGCCUUUUCUGGAGGGCUGUGAGGUCCGGGACCUCUUCAAGGAGCGCAUGACGGAGCUCUACGACUACCCGAAAUACAGCUGCCCCUUUAAGAGAGGAAGCCGGUACUUCCAUUUCUACAAUACGGGCCUCCAGAACCAGAGUGUGAUGUACGUCCAGCAGACGCUGGAGGCAGAGCCCACAGUCUUCCUGGACCCAAACACCUUUUCAGAGGAUGGCACGGUGGCUUUGAGAGGUUACGCGUUCUCGGAGGACGGCGAGUUCCUGGCCUACGGGAUCAGCGCCAGCGGCUCUGACUGGGUGGAGAUCCGCUUCCUGCGGGUGGAGGGGGCGGUGGAGCUGGAGGACAGGCUGGAGAGAGUCAAGUUCAGCUGCAUGUCCUGGACCCACGACGGGAAGGGCCUCUUCUACAAUUCGUACCCCACGCAGGAAGGCAAGAGCGACGGCACGGAGACGUCCACAAAUCUGCAUCAGAAGCUCUAUUACCACGUUUUGGGCACCCCCCAGUCACAGGACAUCCUCUGUGCUGAGUUCCCCGACCACCCCAAGUGGAUGAGUGGGGCUGAGGUUUCGGAUGACGGACGCUAUGUGCUGCUGUCCAUCCAUGAGGGGUGUGACCCGGUGAACCGGCUGUGGUACUGCGACCUCCAGGACGUCCCCCAGGGGAUCACAGGGCUGUUGCCGUGGGUGAAGCUGAUUGACAACUUCGACGCGGAGUACGAGUAUGUGACGAACGAGGGGUCUGUCUUCACGUUUAAGACCAACCUCAACGCCCCGCGGUAUCGCCUCAUCACCAUCGACUUUGCGCACCCUGACACGGCCAACUGGAAAGAGCUGAUCCCCCAGCAUGACAAGGAUGUCAUCGUUUUUGCCACCUGCUCGUACGCCACCUGCCUCUUCGUCUGCUUCCUGCAUGACGUGAAGAACGUGCUGAAGAUGUACCGGCUGGAGACCGGGGUGGAGCUCCGCACCUUCCCCUUGGACGUCGGCUCCGUGGUGGGCUUCACCGGGCGCAAGAAGGACUCGGAAAUCUUCUACUGCUUCACCUCUUUCCUCUCUCCAGCCAUCAUCUAUCACUGCGACCUCACCAAGGAGCCGCUGGAGCCGCACGUGUUCCGCGAAGUCACCGUCAAAGGGUUCAACCCCGGCGACUACCAGACGACACAGGUGUUCUACCCUAGUCCAGAUGGCACACAAAUCCCCAUGUUCAUCGUUCACAAGAAGGGCAUCAAACUGGAUGGCUCCCACCCUGCAUUCCUCUAUGGAUAUGGAGGAUUCAACAUAUCCAUCACACCUAGCUACAGUGUUUCUCGGCUCAUCUUUGUGAGACACCUGGGUGGAGUCUUGGCAGUAGCUAACAUCCGUGGAGGAGGAGAAUACGGAGAAACCUGGCACAAAGGGGGAAUGUUGGCUAACAAACAGAACUGCUUCACGGAUUUCCAGUGUGCAGCUGAAUACCUCAUCAAAGAGGGAUACACCUCCCCCUCCAAACUCACCAUCAACGGCGGCUCCAACGGAGGCCUGCUCGUAGCUGCUUGUGUGAACCAGCGCCCGGACCUCUUUGGCUGUGCGGUGGCACAGGUGGGAGUAAUGGACAUGCUCAAAUUCCACAAGUUCACCAUCGGCCACGCCUGGACCACCGACUUCGGCUGCUCCGAGAUCAAGGAACAGUUCGACUGGCUCAUCAAGUACUCCCCGCUCCACAACAUCCAGGUCCCACAAGGCGACGGCGUCCAGUACCCGGCGAUCCUCCUGCUCACCGGCGACCACGACGAUCGCGUGGUGCCGCUGCACUCUCUGAAGUACAUUGCCACGCUGCAGCACAUGGUGGGCCGCUCCCCGAAGCAGACCAACCCCCUCUUCAUCUACGUGGACACCAAGUCGGGCCACGGAGCGGGCAAGCCCACCAGCAAGGUCAUCCAGGAGGUGGCGGACACAUACGCCUUCAUCGCCCGCUGUCUCAGCAUCCCCUGGGUCAAAUAAGAGCUCUGUCCCUCUGCUCUGUUUGUGUCCUCCACUGUCUUUCUCCACACCUGACUCUCCUCCAUCCGUCUCCACCCCUCUCCACUGUUCCUCCCUCCUUUUCUGUCCCACUAUUCUUCCUUUCCGUCUCUCUGUCUUUCUCUCUCUCCCUCUCUCACAGGCACAGAAACGGUUUGGGUUGCAGUUAGACAUCACAGUUGGACACUCAUUCAGGACUUCAUCUCAGUCCCUGCUUUUCCUCCUAAUCGAAAAUUGGGUCCCAUUGUAAAGUUAGAGUUCUGCCUCUUCAUUGUUGUUGACAUUUCUCUUGUCCCAGUUAACGAGCAGAAGCGCUCCUCUGAAGCAGGGCGGAGACCCAGGUCUCCUCACCCAGACCUUGUGACCUCUCCUAGCAUAUUGCUCAUGCGCCCAGCAUGUCCAUUUCAUUGCCUCACACUGUGCUCUUACUGGCAUACCUCUCUGCCUCAGCACCGUAAGCAGUGUUUCAUUGUAGAAUCCCACCUAGAUUUCUUUCAGACAUGUGUGUCUGCACAUGUUAAAUGAUAUAGAUGCAUGUUACAGCCAGAUAAAAUGCAACGCUAACGCUACGCCAGCCACUGCCUGAGGGUCAGUGUCUGAGAGGUCACUGCAUACGGACGGUAUUUAUUUAUCAUUAAACAAAGGCACAGAAAGCUUGUUGUUCGGUGAUCGUUUCAACCAGAGAGUA